GUAAAACGCAUAAGUCAUGAAUCUUAAUAGACACGUUUUGUGUGUCAACUUGUUACAAAAUAUCUCUAAAACACGCACUUAGUAUAAGUGAAACAUUAAUUAUAUAUUUAUUCUUUAGGCCGGUUUCAGUAAAUAAUUACGUAGUGUUCAGAACACUAAUUAUAGAAACUUCUAUAAAGAAUAAAAAUAUAAUUAGGGGUUUCAUUAAGUGCAUAUUUAGAGAUAGUGGUCAUGGAGUUGAUACACGUUUUGUGAUUCCUGACUGAUGAGUAUCACAACGCUCUGGUAUGAUAUGUUUAUUUUAAAUUUAGAUUGUAUAGUUUAGGUUAGUUAUCCACUUGAGGAGGACGAGAUCAAAUUACAGAUCUUGAAACAUAGUGUUACUGAUUUCUUGUAUAACUGAACGAUGGGAAAUGUCCGAAAAAUCAUAUUUCCUUCACAAUAAAUAAGUAUGACGAUUUUCAGCAGGUGUUUAAAUAUUUUAUUUUAAACAAGUGCCGUCGCCAAUCAGGGAAAUCUGAUAAAGUGUUCUAGUUUGUCCUGAUGCCGGUUCUAGUAAGAUAACAAUGUUUGCUACUUCACGAGACACUCGGCGCUCUGCAUUAUUUUGGAACCUUCAACAAGGAAAUCUUUGAAACCGGUUAUGUAUAUUCGUGCUGAUAGGAACCUUCACUGAUAAAAAGUCGGCAUGGAACGUGUUCACAAAAAGGGUGGGAGAUGCAGAUUACAUAACAGACGUCGCAGACCAAAAAGCAGUUUCAGGCAGUAUUAAAAAUAACAGUUGAUGAAUAAUGGCAGCUGAUAUAUUUAAAAGUGUCAAACAAGAUGAGUUUUCAAAGGUGCUCUGUGCGCUUGAGCGAGAUUGGCCCAAACAUUUCCUUUUACAUCAGAUAAUAACGACGUUUAGGGAAUACAAGGAAGCUGGUUCAACAUGGGAGCAAUACCUUUACGUUUAUGGAACCUUUGAAUCAGGGGUAUAUUUAAACAUUAUAUCAUCAAAGAUGUACAGUCAAGUAAAUGUCUAUACUGCAAGUUCUGACUUGACAGAAAUGAAGAAAGCUUUAAUGGAAACACAUAUAAUUCCUUGGGGUCAAGAAAACUUUCUUUUUGAAAUUAUAGACAGUAGAUUUCUCAGUGUGAUGCAAGAAGUAUUUGCAACAAAGCAUGUGAAGUUUGAAGUCUCUAGCAACAAUAUGUUUUUUUACCCUUCCGACAAGGAAUUACAUAUUCAACCACUUCCAGAAGAUGUUUACAUUGAUAAGUUGGAUGAAUCAUAUGCAGCUGAGAUGGACAAAAAUUGGCCUCACAGGAGACAAGGCUCAGAACUGGUUCACCAGCAAAACCUGCGGUAUAACUUCGGAUUGGGUAUUUUCAGAAGAAGUGAUAAGAAACUGUUAAGUUCAUCAUUAAGUGACUACUCGGGAGGUAUGUUUGUAUUGUACACUGACCACGAGUGUCGAAGGAAAGGGUACGCUGCGAUUGUGGUGCGACACAUGGUGCAAGAGUGCAGGAGGCGUGGCAGGAUACCCUUCUGCUUAGUCAUCAUCGGCAACAAGCCUUCUGAGCGUCUAUUCACAAAACUAGGCUUCGAGCGGUUCACUUUAGCCGAUUAUAUGGUUCCAUUAAACAAUGGACAGUAAUACCAAUGUGAUUAUUUUACCAAUACCGAAUUCCUGUAACACCUGUAAUACCAAUAUAGAUUCUUGUCAGACCUGAAUUAAGUAUGGAAAUUAGUUGCAAAUUAACUGUUUUGAGGUAGAUUACCCCAGUCUUCAAAGUGGUAAAAAUCCAAACUGUAUUGUAAAGUGUAAUUAAUGCUGCAAUUGUAAACUGAAGACAUGAUGUUUAAAAACAAAUAAUUCAUGGUUUUGUGCCUCCAUUUUCCCCAGGUUCUCGUUUGUGUAACAUAUAAUGAAGAAUUUUGUCCCAUUUAAAUAGAUCGGAUUAUUACAGUGAACCGACAAUUUUAAAACGUAAAUUUUGUAUUUAAAAAUGCAAGAUUUCUUUACAUUUCAUCUUGUUGCUAGAAGACGCCAUUCUAUGUUUUGAAAUUACAUAAACCAAAAAGGCGAUCAAGGUAAUAAUCCAUAAUGUGACUGAAUUUUUUUCCGGGGACAAUACGUAAUGGAUGUUAUAAAAAAGGUAAGAAUACCCACAUCAACAGGCUUUGCUGAGGUUGCAUGCAAAAUGUCAAAUGUACAACUAAUAUCAGAUAUGUAGUCAGAUAUAUAGACAGACAAUCAUAAAGAAGAGAAAUUGACACAAAAAUCAUGUUCAGCCAAAUUCCGUGGUGGACAUGCACCAUCAUAGAGCACAUUCUUGAGUAUUGUGUAGAAAUGAGAUUUCAUGCAAAAUUUUAAUUCUACGAAUGGAACCUUGCCACACAAUACAUUGAUUCAAAUUUAUGUUCACUAUAGCAAUGUUUACAUAAUAAAAGUUCUGGUUGUGAGCAAGGGAGGGUACUGCUGAAAUCAAAGAUUGUCACAGAAUUUUUAACAUUAACUUUCCGCUCUAUUAUGUUUUUGAUUUACUCAUAAACAUAAUAGUUUAUGAGUAAAUCAUUAUGUUAUGCUCAUUAUGUUUUAGUUUAUUUCAUAAAAUAAACAUGCCAUAUGCUCAGAUCACAUAUGAUUGUAUGUAGUUUCUUUACAAAUUUAUUUAUUCUUCUAUUUUCUCUCUGCCAUCAUAGUUACCCAUAAGACCAAUGUCAAAAUAUUCGCUAACACUCAGCCAAAUCCCAUAGAGUGACAUGCACCUUCAUCGAACUUGCUGUUGCUUCUAUACAAAUGAAGCUUGAUACAAAAUUUAAAGUCUGAAGGUCAUUCUGUUUUUGAGAUAUCAUGCAGACAAAUAGACGGACAGACUGGCAGAAAUAAAAUUUUCCCAGUGAUAGUCUUUGCUAAAGCUCAGCCAAUUAAUUAGUGAUAAUUUAUUUCUGUAAUAAUUUAAGUAUUAAUCAUCAUAAUAUUUUGUUAAAUAAAUCUGUGCAUUAUUAUCUUGUCAUGCAGAUGUAUGUAAUCAAAAUAUAUACGUACGUAAACAGUGAUUUAGACUAUAUAAAAUAUUUGUAUUUUGCUCUCUGUACAAUAAACAAUUUU